GUAAGCACGGAAUAUGAAAAGGGUAAAUUGGUCAUAGUGAGAAAAUUGAAAACACUUGGGGCAAUAUAAGAGUUAGGUCCGACAAUGUUAGUCAGAAUCGAUCACACAGCUUUUGUUUUCGCACUUCGCUGUCUGAGGAUUAUAAGUGUUUGGGAAGCGCAACAUCAUCUCUCGACGGUAUCAAAAUGGAUCAUCAAGGGCAUGGCCAGAACCCAUCCAUGGGGGUUGUUGGUAGUGGAGCUCAAUUACCAUAUGGUUCUAACCCAUAUCAGCAAGGCCAAAUAACUGGACCACCAGGGUCGGUUGUGGCAUCGGUUGGGACCAUUCAGUCUACUGGUCAACCUGCUGGAGCACAGCUUGGACAGCAUCAACUUGCUUAUCAGCAUAUUCAUCAGCAACAACAACAUCAGCUUCAGCAACAGCUCCAACAAUUUUGGUCAAAUCAGUACCAAGAAAUUGAGAAGGUUACUGAUUUCAAGAACCACAGUCUUCCCCUGGCAAGGAUCAAGAAGAUUAUGAAGGCUGAUGAGGAUGUUAGAAUGAUUUCAGCUGAGGCACCAGUCAUCUUUGCAAGGGCAUGUGAAAUGUUCAUAUUAGAGUUAACCCUGCGUUCUUGGAAUCACACUGAAGAGAACAAAAGGAGAACACUUCAAAAAAAUGACAUUGCUGCAGCAAUCACAAGGACUGACAUCUUUGAUUUCUUGGUUGACAUUGUACCCCGUGAGGACUUGAAAGAUGAAGUGCUUGCAUCAAUCCCUAGAGGAACAAUGCCUGUUGGAGGGCCCGCUGAUGCUCUUCCAUACUGCUACAUGCCUCCUCAGCAUGCUCCUCAAGUUGGAACCGGUGGUGUCAUAAUGGGUAAGCCUGUAAUGGACCCAAACAUGUAUGCUCAGCAGUCUCACCCCUACAUGGCACCACAGAUGUGGCCCCAGCCUCCAGACCAACGUCAGCCAUCUCCAGAACAUUAGCUCUUAUGUGUCUUGGAAAUUAAGAUAACCAGGCACCAGAUUGAGUUGUGAAUGUGAAACUGAAAGGUUGGGGAAGUCCAUAGCGAGCAGAAGCUGUAGCUGAUAGUUUACAUGCAAUGCAGACUAUAAACAUAUGUAGAUAAUGUGCUAGGGAAAAACUUAACUUUGUCUUUGAUUUAGCUGGAUAAAAUGGUAUUUUUCAUGUUUAAAUUACAGGUCAUCAGAUGAUGAUAUUUAUUUACUGGUGCACAGCAGGAUUUUUACUUGAGUGUUUAAACCUGCCAUGUGCCCAAAAUAUAUCCCAUCUUAUCAUUCACAUUAUGGGUUCCUUAUUCGCUUUGUUGGAAAGAUUUCACCUGUCACA